CCGAAAUGCGCGCCGUGCACCAACACGAUCGGGAUUGAGCUGGAGUUCCUCCGAGACGCGACUCAGUGGCUCCUGGCGUCGUAGAGCAGCGGUCUGCAGGUAGAGAGAGAGAGGCUCCGGACAGCUGCCACGAAAAGAAGAACGCUCUGAUCUUUGGACCCGAAUCGGAUGCAGGCGAGCCGGUCAGCGAGGAAUGGGCGAUAGACAUGGCUCUCAGUAAUCAGCGAUUGCCUGCCUCCACCUCUGGUGAUGAAGUCAACCUGGGGCCUUCAGCGAACCCACAUGCGAGACCGACCGACUUCGACUUCCUUGCAGUCAUCGGCAAAGGGACUUUUGGAAAGGUGCUGCUCGCCAAGCUGAAGGCGGACAACAAGUUCUACGCCAUCAAGGUGCUGCAGAAGAAGGUGAUCCUGAAGAAGAAGGAGCAAAAGAACAUCAUGGCGGAGAGGAACGUCCUGCUGAAGAGCCUGACGCACCCCUUCCUGGUGGGCCUCCACUACUCCUUCCAGACCCCGGAGAAGCUCUACUUUGUCCUGGACUACGUCAAUGGAGGAGAGUUGUUCUUCCACCUCCAGAGGGAGAGGUGUUUCUCUGAGCCCAGGGCCCGGUUCUACGCCGCCGAGGUGGCCAGCGCCAUCGGCUACCUGCACUCCCUCAACAUUGUUUACAGAGAUCUGAAGCCUGAAAACAUUCUUUUAGAUGCCCAGGGUCAUGUGGUGCUGACAGACUUCGGGCUUUGUAAAGAGGGCAUCGAGGCAGAGAGCACCACGUCCACCUUCUGCGGGACGCCUGAGUACCUGGCCCCGGAGGUGCUGCGCAAACAGCCGUACGACCGCACGGUGGACUGGUGGUGCCUGGGAGCCGUGCUCUACGAGAUGAUCUACAGCCUGCCUCCGUUCUACAGCCGCGACAUAUCGGAGAUGUACGACGGGAUCCUGCACAAGCCCCUCCCCCUUCGCCCGGGGAAGUCAGAAGCGGUGUGCGCGCUGCUCGUCGGCCUGCUGCAGAAGGAUCAGAACCGCCGCCUGGGCGCCAUCGCUGACUUUUUGGAGAUAAAGAAUCACGUCUUCUUCGCGCCGAUCAACUGGGAUGACCUUUACCACAAGAGGAUCACCCCCCCGUACAACCCCAACGUGAAAGGCCCGGCGGACACCCAGCACAUCGACCCAGAGUUCACCCGCGAGAUGGUCCCUAGCUCUGUGAGCCGGACCCCCGAUUUCAACGCCAGCACCAGCUCCAACAACGCCUUCAACGGCUUCUCCUUCGUCUCCAACGAGGACAGCUUCCUGUGAGGUAGCAGUCACUUCCUGUAGCCGGCACUUCCUGUAGCGCUGAAGACGUCACAUGACCGCGCAUUUAGUCAGGGCGUCGAUGAAUGUGUGAAUGUUAUAAUUGUAAUGAGGGUGUAGCCGUUCAAACUGAAUUUGUGAUUGUGUGGAGGUGGGACGAACCAUUAAAGAGUAAAACACGCAGAGAUUAGGAUUAAAGGAUGUUCUGUUGGGGGUUAAGUCUGGCAUGGAUCUGGGUAAAAGCAAAGCAUCCUGGGAAUCUCCUCGCAUCUUAACUAGAUUUGUUAUUAGUGUAUAUUACAAAUAUGAUAAUGCUUUUGUACAAACAAGUCUACCACAAAAAAUCGUUUGAAGGUAAUUGGGUCACAGUUUGUAAUAAGGUUCAGUGGUAAGCCAUUUAUAAAACAAAUCAUCAACAAAACAUAGAUAUGCAAGCCUUUAGAUAAUGAUUAGCUUAUCGUUCACAAAACAUUCAUAUACAUUUGUAGAAGAUUAAUGAGUGCUACGUUAAAGGGCCCCUAUUUUUCCCCCAGGUUUGAUGUUGAUGGUCAUUACAAGUCAUAGUAGUCUUAAAAUCCACCCUCUAGUGACAUCAUAAGUGGGCGUGUCCGCCCAGAUGUCUGAUGGGAUAUAUCAGCCACUAACAGUCUGUCUACUUGAUAGGCCGGUUGAUGACAGCACUUCUUAAUCAUCUACAAAUGUAUAUUCAUGUUUUGUUUAUGAUAUCUUCAUCAUUAACUAAAGGCCUAUAAAUGGCAUACCACUGAAAGUUGUUAUAAAGUGUUACCAGUGAAAAUACUACUAGUUAUUCUACUCACUCGACAAAUUCAUUUAAAAAUCAUGGAUUGGAUUCCUUGCUAGUUGUAAUCUCUAAAAUAGUUAACAAUGACUUUGGCAUACUUUUUCACUACACAAUCUGUGCAGAAAACUGUGCUGUUGUAAAUAUUCUAAGUGUAAUGUGUGUAAUGUGACGAGAACUAAGCGCCUUUCCACCUUGGAAUUGUUCCUGAAAAUGUUAGCCUUGUGUAACAUGGUAAUACGGUGGAUUGAAUGUGUUUGGCUUAGCCGACAAUGGACCUUAAAACUGAAACCCUUCGUAGAAUGAACCUGAGCCAACUUGUUUCGUUAUUUUAUAUGAACUAAUGCCAAUGUCAUCACCAAAGGCCUAUGUUGCAGUGUCAUCUGAGAUACUUUUACAUUCUGGUGACAACCAGGAAACCCGUGGACACCAGUCACUUCAGCAUGACUGGAAUGACUGGAAACCAUUGUGCACCUCUCUGGUGCUACUUCGGUUUUCAGGCCAUUAUAAGAGAAAUGGUUCCAACCAUGGUUCUACCUUGUGAAUGAAAGUGUUUCUCACUCACAACAAACCCGACGGCAUUCCAGUGAUAGAAACACCACAAACAGUAGGAUUAUAUACGAGCAGAGGAAACACGAUGUGAUCGGCGGGCGGGCGGUGUUUGUGGGCUCAACAACUUAAGACGGUUGUGAUGCGACGUUAAUGCGCGGACGGCCUGGUCGUGUUGCUCUGGGUGUUCGUGCCGAGGCCGUGUUGGCUGUAAACAGAGGAGGACGGAGCGAGGUCACCGCCAGCAGCACCGGGGUCCCGGAGGACUGGGCGCUGCUGAGGCAGACGUCUGUGUGCGCUGUUUCCGUAUGCGUCUGUGUUUGUGUGUGUUUGUGUGUGUGUAUAUAGAGAGAGAACUGGUCAAUAAACUUGUUUUCAAAACAUG